UGCCCCGGGGAGCAGGGUCCCGUUGCUCCAAGCUGGGGAUGCCCCAGGGCCCCUCCACAGGCCUAGGCCCCUGUGAGAAGCCGCGGGGCCGGGCCCCCGCCUCGGUCGGUUCUCAACGGCUUGUGUCUGUUAUUCCUGCAGCUGCCUCGGCGGGUGACCAUGUCCGUAGAUCGGAGGCGGCCCCCAUGCCGAGCGUGGCAGUCAUCAGUAGUUGCCAGUGUCCACUGAUGCCUGGUAGCGCUCGGGCCCACGGUCCCCUAUGAAUCCAUCAGUGCCACGUUCUGCUCCGCCCCAGAAAAGUAACCCAAGCCUUGAGAGCAGCACCAUUGAGAAACAGAGGCAAGAGCUGCAGCUUUUAAUUGCAGAACUGAAAGACCGUGAUAAGGAACUCGAUGACAUGGUUGCAGUGCAUCAGAGACAGCUUCUAGUCUGGGAAGAUGAUCGGCAGAAAAUACUGACUUUAGCAGAGCGGUGCAACUUACUAAGCAAUGAGCUGAACAAGAGAAAUGAGAUCAUCAAAUCACUGACCAGAAGGUUAAAGUUCUUAGAAUCUCAGCAGAGUGACAGUAAGACAACACUUGAAAGCACACAGCAGAAGUUCAGAGAGCUGUCACAGAAAGUGACAGAUGCAACUGCUCACUGUCAGGCUCUGGAGGAGAAAAAUCAAGGUCUUCACUGUUCAGUUUUGGAACUCUCUGCUAAAACAGGCCAGCUACAAGCGAGAGAACAGGAGCUACUUACUAUGCUUAAGCUGAAGGAUGAGGCUAUACUUGAAACAACUGAUCACAUCACUGACUUUACAUCUAAGUUCAAAAAGGUGGAGAGUGCAUUGCGUGCAGCGAGGAUGGAGCGAUUCAGUCUCAACAAAGACAAGCAAGACCUCAAACUGAGACUAAAAGAGCUACUACUUGAAACAAAUAAGCUGAAAGAUGACCUCUGUGAAAAGGUGGAAGAAAAUCAGAAGCAGCAGCAGGAAAUAAUUCACCUCAAACAGGAAAACGGCUGCUUGAGGAACGAGCUCGCACUUGCUGUUGAGAAAGCAAAGAGACAGGAUCAACUUCUGCAGUUUGCAAAGUCAAAACAAGCGCGGACUGACACAGAGCUAUCAGGUUUGCGAAAGAUCUAUGUAAAACAGCAGCGUGACUUGCAGUUUCUUCAUGUCAAUUUGGAGAGCUCUCAGGAAUUAAGGCAAAAGCAUGAAAAGGCAGCACAUGAAAGGAGUGUAGCUAUGGCAUUCUCUGCCCCUGAAAGUAACAGCAAGACAGACACAGUUAGGACUGAGGGAACCCACGGGAUAUGCGAGGAGUGUGGAACUGCACAAGUUCCAAAAAGUGGGGUGAAACCCACCUCUGAGAUGUGUGAAGUAGAUAAUGGACUGCUACGGAGUGCAUCAGACAUGGAGGAAACUACCUCAGCAUACUUAAACCAGUGUCCAAAAGUUGUGAAAGUCUUGGCUGACCUUACGGAAGAAGAAAAGCAGGAUGUUGCAUCAAGCUCUGAUGAGCCAGGCAGCCAAGCAUUUUGUGAGGCAAACAACACGAGGCCAUUGAGAAACAGGGAAAUCUCUGAGAAUGAGGUGGAAAUCAGAGACCAGCAAACCUUUGAGUCAUCUUCACCUGAACAUGAGCAUUGGCUUAAUGUCAAUUCCUGUGUACAUUUGCAAAGUACUUUUGUCCAGAGCACCGUCACAUUUGCCCAAACUGCUAAUGAAAAUGAAACCUGGGAAGAGAGAACUGGAAUUCUGUUGGACCAAAAAAGCAGAGAGACUCCUGCUGCAGUGCAUAGGUCUGAAUCUGACUCCUGUAGUAGUAAGUUCUUCAUCAAAAAAGAUGCUUGGUGGAAGCCAGUAUCGGAUCCGGAAUGGUUGAAGAUUUUCAAACCCAUAAAAGGAGAUGGAAAUGUAUGGCAUGGAAAAGAUUGCAGCUGUCUCAGGACUGCACAAGAGAUGAAAUGUGCCUGCUCGAAAAGUGGAGAAAACGUGGAUCUGAAUUCUUUUCACUUGGAUUCUCCCUGUUUGACAUCCACCCAGAAAGGAGACAGGCCUCAAAGAUGUGAGAAAUUCUGCGAUGAGGAAUUCACUCUGGAGUUCAAUAGCUUUUCAGUGACUGAGCCAACAAACAGAUGCUGCACCGCCACCGUGGACCGAGACACCAGUUCUCCCAUAAGUAAGCUGCAGCAUGCGCUGGCUGAGUCUCGACAGAUGGUUGCUGAUCUGGAGCUUAGCACUCUCCUCCAGGCGAGCCCUCGCUGCAGUCCAAACAGCAGCAACAUUAACACGACAACAGAAGUUGCAGAAGGUCUUCACAGAACCCAGUUAUCUGCUGCAGAAGAAAGAGGUGCUGACCUCCCAUUCUUUUCUCUAUGAUGUUCUGUAAGUAUGAAGGUAUUUUCAUCUUGAUCUUCUUAAUUGGAGUUUUCUGUUCCUCUUUAUAAAUGCACCUGCAAUAUUAAUAUAAGUUAUGGACUUCUGAGAUGAGCCUGGCACAAGAUUCUCAGUGGACUGCUAAAUGCAUUUCAAAUAAAACUCCUGUGAGUUAACAGCGAACAGAUAGUAAGGCAACGAGUAAUCCCUUUAGUCAAAUCAACUUUUCUCAAUCACUUUCCUCAUCCUCUGGGCAGUCAGACCUUGCAGCAUAAUUCCUGAGUACCUACACACUGCUUAUUGUAGUUAAAAAUCCUUCUGUGUGUUACAGAUAACGGGAUCAAGGAUGUGAACAUUGUUGAAGGAGAGACUGGGAAGUGUUUUUCAGUGCCACGGCCAAGGGCUGUUUUAGCAUAUUGUUCCUGGGCUCAGAGCUCCAGAAGCAGAAUGUGUUGAAUAGAGCUGCAUACAAAAAGCAGCCUUGCCCGUAGUCAAUUGUUUUUUCUUCUUGAAUCAGGAAAUUUCUCACUCUCUGAUUAUUUGUUUUACUGAUGUGAAUUGGAUCCUUGCAGUAGGCACCGUGUUGUCUGGUUCUGAGGACAAAUGAGUAACCAGAUACGGGUAAAAUACUGAACACCACGUGAAAAUGAAUAAGAACUAGCAACAAUGGGGAGAAAAUGGACAAAAAAGAAGUCUUCCAGUGCUGACACAACCGAAGCCAAGGGGAGUUACUGCACAACAAGCUGAGUAUGCAGCUCUGUGGCACUGAAUUUCUUACACUGAUCACCUUUAAUCCCAUGGAGAGCUGGUGCUCAGUUCUCUCUUGGUACACUCAAAGUGCAGUCCCUGAGCUGUCUCUCUCCUAUGGAGCCAAACCCUCUGUGUGCUGGCUUGUAGCACCCUCAUGUUCUGCUGUUGCUGCAUUAAGUCUGGAGACACUGAGUCUUCUUCCAAAAUGAGUUGGGUCUGCUUAGUGCACGCUAAUGGAGCUCUUGUGGGAAAUGGAUGCUGAGUAGCUGGAAUGCUGUACCUUACUCUGCACGAUGUUCCUAUGUGGAGAGCUCUUCCUUUCCUGAAAAGAGCCCUCAGGUAAAAGAAGAUGGAGGUUUUAUGGAUGCAGGCCAGCACUGUGACUUGCAGCCUGAAACUACUGCUGUUGGAAAGUUGCAGGAGCAAAUCCCCCAAACUGCUGAGGCAGCAGAGGGGGAGCAGACGCUGAGCCUACAGAAAUGAGUUCAUUUGCCUCAAGUGAGAGAGGUUUGGUGCAACAAACGGACCCACAAUUUGCUGUGGAGCCACGACAAGAAGUAGUGACUCUGCAGGUCACUGGCUGCUGCAUAAUUCUGGUUUCCUCCUUUUGUUAAAAGGCACUGGAUCACUGUGAUCGGUUUGGUCCAAAGCAGCUUUUAGAGUUGAUAGCAGGUCCAGAAAUAACUAAAUAUUUGGCCAUUUCACAUAGGGAAAUGAUUGAAUUGAUGUGUACUGGGUUUGGGGGUGGUUUUUAAUUGCUUUGCAAUCAUCAGAGUGCAGGUGCACUGACACUGGGUUCAUUUCCUGACUCGCUGGCGGUGAUUUGGCCGUUUCCAUCAGUGGGUUGUUUUCCUUUAGGGAGAGAGUGUUUUGGGGAGAGUUGAACAACAAAGCAGUGAGUGAAAGGGGGCAUUCAGUUUUGGACAAGGUCGUGAGUGCCACUGCUCAGGGGUGGUGACGCAGUGGUUGACUGAGGGCACAAAGAUUGAUCCCUCUGCAAAACAAAUGGGAAAGGUUUCUAUUUCCCGACACUGCAGCAGUGUCCCAAGACCGCUGUCAUGAAAUGCUUUGGUUACCUUUCUUCCUCUUUAAAUGUGUACACUGGUUUUAGGUUGCUUACAGCAUGAAAUUCUCUAGAGUAAAUUGACAGACACGUGAACACUUCUUCUAUUUUAAAGGAAAUGUUCCUGCAACUUAACAAAAACCUUCCAUUUUCUGCAGCAGGUGAAGACCUUUCCAACACAGAGUUAACCUGGAGACCUGAAGAUCACCAACCCAUCAGCUAUGAUGGAAAGUUACCUCAUUAUUUUUCCAUGCUUCUUUGGAGUGAAAGCCUCACAAAGAGAUGUGGGGAUAUGUUUUAUCUUGAAAUAAAACACAGACUAACGCCAAGCUCAACAGAACUAUUUUUAUAGCUGGGAGCUCAGGUUAAACACUGGCUUGGGUUUGAAGACUCUCAAGUGCGUAAUUGUUACAACACAGGAACUAUUUUUCUUACUCUUUUUUUUUAUGGUGGCUCAGAAAUAUUUAUAGCGUAUGACACAGCCAAAUGUUCCUUUUUUUUAUAGCUGAUUGUUUUAGCUCUGGACUUGUGGCCAUGUAGAGGGAGAUGAAUAAUGUUUAUAGGAAGUUCCCAAUUAUGCUGUAGCCAGGAACUGCUCCUGCGUGGUUGGAACAGGACAGUUGUCACCCAUGAGACGGGCACAGCACCGCUUCCACUGGGCACUGCUUGUUCUGCCAGAAGCUUGUGACAAGAUGAGGUGUGUCCAGUGUGGUGGGACUGGGGUUUUAGCUUUAAACUGGUUUUUAAUCCUUGGCUAUUGGGCAAGAUGUAUUCCCUUACCACAAUAUGAACUUGUUUUUUAACUAAAAGAUCAAAUAAGCCAAUAGAGGUGACACCUUUGCUGUA